AUGAUAGGAUAUGUAAUCAAAGGAGAAAUAAUCUCUAAGAAAUAUAGGGUGUAAUUGAAAAUAUCGUCAUUAAAAAAUGUCAAAGAAAUCGACUAAAACAAAAUAAAAACUUUUCUUAGAGAAGUUGACCUUGAUUUGGAAUAUUAUACCAAUCUUCCGCUUUUACAUUAAGCAUCACUAGAAUACCAUAGAGUAAUGGGAAAUGAAUUGACAUUUAAUAAAGAAAAUGCCCAAUAGUGGAUUUAAUCAACAGAAUUUAUUGAGCUAACUUAUGCCUUAAGAUGGAUAUACGAAAUGUCUUCUUACAAAGAUAGAGAAGAGCUCAAUAUUGUAUUUGAUCCAAAAGAUUAAAUUCUUAAAAAGAUCAUACUUCUAAAUAUAGGUUUGGAAUAGAAAAAAGAGAUUUCUUAAAUUAAUUUAAAUUAAAUUGUUUGUGAUAACACUGAAAUAUUGUAUGGUUUAUCCUUAUAUAUUUAAAAAAGGAUUGAAACUCUGGACCUUUCAACAUAUGUUCCUCUUCUCUAAAAUAUGAUGUUAGAAUGUGAUAAAUCAGCAAUUAAUUAAUUAAUCGUCAUUGAAUUAAUUGACAAAGUCCUUUAAAAAUUUUCAGGAUUUUAAGAUGAAUAAGUAAGGAAAUUGAAAUUAACCAGCAACAUUACUUCAUAAAUAAAAUGGGAAGAAGAUUAUAUUUAAUACACUUUAUUAGAAUAAGAAAACCCAAACUUUCAACUUAGAAAGACAAAAUAGGUAUAUUUAUAUACAAAAGAAUAAUAUGAAGUCAAGAUGAAUAUAUUUAAGAGUUAAUGGGAAGAUUAGUUUCCAGAAAUUUUCACUUAAAAUGAAUUAUAGAUUCAAUUAUAAAAGUCAAGUACUUUUCAGCUUUCAGAUGUAUUCUCCUCUAAUCUAAAUGCAGAAGAAGAAAUUUAAACCUCAGUAUCAAAAAAACGAUACUAAAUACUCAACCAAACUUUUAAAUUAGCUUAAUCAUAACCUAAUCUUCAAAUUUAGAGUUAAACGAGAGUAAACCUUCCCCCACCAUUACCUCUUCCUAAAGUUAAGUCCACUCAUAUUCCUAACUCCAUAUAUGUUAAAUUUAAUUAUCCUGUUCUUUAAAAUUAAUUAGAUGGAACAAUCUGGAAGGCUAAUAUGAUAGAUUAUGAGACUAGUAUAGAUUAAGAUAUUUUAAGAUAUUUUGAAAAGAAAGAAUAAAACCAAACAAAAAUGGUUCCAGAUAAAAUUUUUAUUCUAAAAAAUGAAGUGGAAUAUGGAAAUUCGGUUUUCAAGAAUCAAACCGAAAUAGAAUUAAAAAGGAAACGGUUUGAGAAAACUAAUUUGGAUGAAAUUUUGGAUUAAGUAAAUAAACUUGAAUUUCUAGAGAAAAAUUAAGAUAAGAAUAUGAGAGCAUAUAUUUAGCUUCUCAAUUCUUCUAUUCAAUUUAUUUCUGAUGAUAAUGUCAAGAAAAUCGAAUAAAACAUAAAAAAGUUCAAAUAAGAUAAUAAUGAAUAUAGAAAAAGAAAAUCCGAAGAAGAAGACUAACAAUAAAAACAGGAGAGGGAAAGGUUAAAAAAGCUAUAAAAAGAAGAAAGAGAGAAAGAACUUUUCUCACUAGAUGUGCAUUUAAAUUAUUUACAGAAAGAUUUAGAAGCGAUUCUGACAGAAAAUGAUCUUUCAGAAUUUGAACCUAAAUUAGAAAAAUUAAGAAAUGCGUUGAGCAUAGUAGAUAAAGAAGAUGAGAAAAAUACAAUUUUCUCUCAAUUUGAAAGUUUUCUCUUUUUAAAAUAAAAAUUCCUUCAAUAUAAAAGACUUGAGAAUUAAGAAAAAUACUAAAUUCCACUUAAUGAUAGUUUUCUCAAAUAUUUAUAUGAUAAAAAUCCAAGAAAAGGCAUCUAAAUUGAGGCCUUUUAUGAUGAACAUUUAGAUCAUAAAAUCCACAUUAUGGAUAUAGUAACCUAAUUUAGUGAGAUAUUUGAAGAACUUAGCAAGGAUGUGGAACUAAUUCUUUAUUUCAAAUAUAUUCAACAGUUCGGGAAGGUGUUUAAUAAUUUUCAAGCCGAAUAAUUCGGUUUAAAAUUUGAAAAUGUUAUCAAAUUUACAUAUAAAACCCAAUAAUUAAAAGGCGAGUAGAUAGAAUUGACUAAGUACAUAGUAGAUCUUAUGGCCAAAUAAGGUAUUCCAUUUAAGGAUUUAAAGGACACUCCAUUCAAGUAUCUUCCAUAGUUAUCUAAAUAAAAUAAUGCUUUGUCAGAAGUUAAAAAAAUUAUACAAUUAUAUUCUGAUCAUCUUGAUUUUCUUAAAGUAAAUUUGCAAGCUCUGAGCUUUGAUGAAAAUAAUUUAGAUUUUAUCAAAAAGGCUACCUAAUAUUCUGUUGAAUACACAGAAUUUAUUUUUUAAAUGUAAACUAUCUAUGAAAAGGAUUUAUAGAAUUUAAAUAAGAUAAGACACUUUUUUUGUGAUGAUAGAACAAAUGUGGAAUCUCCUAAAUUCUUUGAGGAUAUAUUAGCAAUUAAAAGUUUACUUAGAAUCUAUCAUACUAAUAUAAUUUAAGAAGAGAAGAAAAAAUUGUUACUCUAAGCCUAGAAUAGAAAGGUGGGAGAAUGA